AUGGUGAGAUCCAGGAAACCUUGUGUAUUUGCAGUUGCUGAGCUAUUUGUUGAUGGACAACAUCUUGGUCGUUUGAAGAGUGAUGUUUCUUUUGAAGGUAGUGUCUCGAAUCAAGAGGUAGGGGGUAAACGUUGGGUGUUAUGGUCAAAAGAUGUGAAAGUUUCUGUGCUAAGUUUGUCUUCUCAAAGCAUUACUACGGCAAUAGAGUUGAAUGGGAAAUGCUUGUGGAUUUCUUUUGUGUAUGCAAAAUGUUACUAUGGGGAACGUCGGCAAUUAUGGGAUCAUUUAUGUAACUUACAUACUUCAAAUGUUCCAUGGAUGGUUAUUGGUGAUUUUAAUAUCAUCAGGACCGACCAGGAGCGGAUUGGGGGACAUCCUCGUCCUCGUAUUGCAAUGGAGAAAUUUAAUUCUUUCGUUGAUAGGGAUGGAUUAUCUGAUUUGGGUUUCCAAGGAAAUCAUAUGACUUGGUGUAAUGGUCAUGAAGGGAGGUCGAGGUGUUGGGCACGACUGGAUAGAGCUCUUGUUAACUCCGCUCAUGUCUUGGAAUUCCCCUCGGCAGGAGGUAUUUAUUUGCCUAAGUUGUCUUCUGAUCAUGCUCUUUUGCAGGUUGAUUUAAGUCCAGAAAAUAGGAGGCAUGGACAUGUUCCUUUCAAGUUUCAGCAAAUGUGGACAACCCAUGAAAAUUUUUCUAAUUUUGUUACUAAUGAAUGGAAGGAGGACUUGGAGGAACAACUGCAGUUGGGUGAUUCUAAAGAUGUAGAACUGGAUCUUUUAACUACCAAAGUUGAACUGGAUACGUGGAACACUAGAGAAGAGAUUCGUUUGGCUCAACAAGCAAAGCAAGAGUGGCUUAAUUCAGGAGAAGCAAGCUCAAAAUUCUUUAAGGCCAUGGCUUCGAAAAAUCAUAAAUUGGUGAGACAGAUGAAAAUUAGCGAAAAUGAAUGGUUGAAAACUCCAGAGGAGGUUCAUAUAGGUGCUGUCGACUUUUUUCAGAAUUUUUUGGCCACUAAUCAUCAGUUCCCGCUUCCGGAUUUAUCUUCUCUUAUUGAUCCAGUCAUUCAAGAAGAUGACAAUGUCAAUUUGCUAGAACUUCCUUCAAUCCAAGAGGUAAAACAAGUUGUUUUUUCCAUUCCUACUGAUAGUAGUCCGGGCCUUGAUGGGUUAGGAUUAGGGUUUUAUAAAGCCUACUGGGAUAUUGUUGCCAUGGAUGUGGUGGAUGGAGUUCAUGAUUUUUUUAGAGGAGGCAAAAUUCCAAGGGAAUUCACAGCCUCAUUUUUGGUUUUGAUUCCCAAGGUUGAUAACCCAAAAAGCUUUGAUAAAAUUCGCCCUAUUAGUCUGUGUUCAGUUUUUUAUAAGAUAUGCACAAAAAUUCUUGUGACCCGGCUAUCUCAUUUACUACCUCCAUUGAUUUCAGAGGAACAGGGAGCAUUUAUUCCUGGGAGAAGCAUUUUUGAAAAUGUGAGCUUGAUACAGGAGAUGAUCCAGAACAUUAACAAACCUGUUCGUGGUGGUAAUGUGGUUUUGAAGAUAGACAUGGCUAAAGCCUAUGAUAGUAUGAAUUGGGAUUUCUUGAUCCAUUCCUUGGCUAGUUUUGGCUUCUCGGAGGGAGUUUGUAGUUUGGUGCGCCAAUGCAUUUCUUCGCCUUGGUUUUCAGUUGUUAUGAACGGUAUUCCGAAAGGUUUCUUUCAGGGCGGGAGAUGUCUGAGACAGGAUGAUCCUUUGUCGCAUUAUCUUUUUAUCCUCGGGGAAGAAAUAUUAUCUAGAUUAUUAAAAAAGAGUUUUCAGGAAAUGAGGAUCAUCCCAUUUCAGCAUCCAAGAGGGGCACCUAUUAUUUCACAUUUAUUAUAUGCUGAUGAUAUUGUGAUUUUUGCAAAUGUGGAUAAAAAGUUGAUUUGGGCCAUUUCUGAGGUUCUUACUAUCUAUGAAAGUUGGUCUGGGAAGAGAGUUAACAAAGAGAAGUCAUCCAUUAUUUUCUCGAAGAUUGUUCCUCGUUCUAGGCGAAGAAACAGUUUGAGUAUAUCUGGAUUUUCGGAAGGGUUGCUUCCUUUCAAAUACUUGGGGGUUCCCAUUGUGUCUGGUAGACUAAAGGCAGUUCAUUUUGAUGAAUUUUUUUGUAAGAUCAGGGAUAAAAUUGGGGGAUGGCAAUCUCGUCUUUUAUUUAAUGGAGCUCGCCUGUUGCUAUUAAAACAUGUGCUUGGUAGUCUUCCCAUUCAUCUUCUUUCUAUUUUGCAGGUCCUUAAAUCUGUCCUAUCCUCUAUAUCCAGAUGUUUUAGCAAUUUGUUUUGGGAUAUAAAGAUGGUAGACCGAAGAAACAUUGGAAGUAUUGGACUUCGAUGUGUAUUUUUCAAGGCCAAAUACAUAAAGCAUAAUCAUGUCUCUGUUGUUAACCCAAACAAAGGAUCUAGAUUCUGGAAGAUGGUGAUCAGGAGUAUUCUAGAUGUUAUUGAGCAUUCCAAAUGGAAACCGAGGAGAGGGGAUAUCUCUUUUUGGUUGGACAAAUGGAUAGGUGAUGAGCCUCUGGCGGCUUCAGUUCCUAUAGUGGCACCAAAAAUUAAAGUACAAGAAUGUUACAAGACAAGUGGCUGGGAUAUGGAUCUCCUUUGUCAGUUAGUGGGUACUCAAAAGGCGCAGGAAAUUGUUGAUACUUUUUGUAGUCUAAGGGAUGGGGAAGACCGUCUAAUUUGGGUGGAAAAGGAGGAUGGGAAUUUCUCUUCUAAGAGUGCUUGGGAGGUUAUUCGGGGGUCAGAUUAUGGGUCUUAUCCCUUCAAUUGUCACUUGGAGGUUAUGGAUCCGUUGGUGCCGUGCUCAUGGAAGAAUUGUAGUCCUUCUAAAGUUGUCUGUUGGGUUUGCCUAAAGGAAAGUUGGGUUAAAUUAAAUAUUGAUGGGAGUAGUCGUGAGAACUUGAGAAAGGCUGGUGCUGGCGGUUUAAUUCGUGACUCUAGAGGUAAUUUGGUCCUAGCUUUCUCCUAUCCUCUGGAUUUUGGUACUAAUAACUAUGCUGAGUUCAUGUCUUUGUUGCACGGAGUUAGACAUGUGCGUAGAUUGGGUUUCAGAAAUGUAGAAAUAGAGAUGAACUCUAUGGUUGUUGUAAACUGGAUUUUGGCCUCCAAUUGCCCCAUUUGGUAUUUAGAAGAUUAUUGGAUUGAACUUAUGGAAUUACUUUGCAAUAUAAAUUUCUCCAUUCGACAUGUUUAUAGGCAAGGCAGUAGCCCUACUGACUUCUUGGCCAAGCUAGCGUUUGAGGAUUGUACCGCUAUUUGGGAGUCAUUGGUUAUGGUCCCUCCUCUUUUACGAGGUCUGAUUAGGACUGAUAAACUAGGUAUUCCGUAUAUUAGAUUUUGA